UUUUCAGUUUAGGCUUUAAUGAUUGCAGGUCAGGGCGGGGCCAGUGUCUCACACCUUCCAAAGGAUGACAGGCUGCGACGUGGGGCCUGAUGGGCACUUCCUCUGCCGUUACCUUCGUGACACCUACGACCGCGCGGAUUACAUCACCCUGCGGGUGCCAUGGCGGGACACCGCGCCGCACAUCACCCGCUGCAAGUGGGAGGCAGCCGGUGAGGCGGAGCGCUACAGGUACUACCUGGAGGGCACGUGCAUGGAGUGGUUCCUCAAGUAUCUGGAGAUGGGGAAGAAGACACUGCUGGAAGCAGAUACAGGGACCACGAGGACUCCCUGAUCUCCCAUCCACUGCGGCUGGCUUUCCAGAGGAAGGGAAAAUGGACUCAGUGUCAGAACAGCGCCCCUCCCACUGGUGGGAAGAGGGAGAUCCGCCUCAGUGUAUUCAUAUUCCUACUAGGGAGUGACUCCCUUAGAGGGCGAUGAGGAACCCAGUCUCCUGGGUUGCAGAUUGAGAUCAUCCCUGAAAUAACCCAUCAGCAGUUCCUUUGACCUGGGCAGCCACCUUGUGAACCAUGAUUUUUCUCUCAAGG